GAGGCUACUGUCUCCAGUGGCCAUCUGUCUGCCAGGAGCAGUGAAUGCUCACACGGGUGUACUGUAAAUGGAGGGCAUGCUGGAGCUGGAUGUUUUGAUAUACCCAGAUGAAGUGAGGUUUGCUACACCAGACGAUCUCAGAGAAUGGGAACUUGAGACUGCAAGUCAGUCGCCUACACCUGCAGUACGACUCUUUGUGGCGCUUUACCCUUACAACCCUGCUGCGAUGUCUCCAAACACUGAAACGGCUGCAGAGGAGCUGCCUUUUGUACCGGGCCAGAUCAUCAAGGUCAUUGGAGAUAAGGACUCUGACGGAUUCUACCACGGUGAGUCCGGUGGCCUCUCUGGUUAUGUGCCAAGCAACUUGGUGGCUGAAGUCCCAGUGGACAAUGAGUACGUGAAGUACCACCUCAUGCAGCAGGGAUUCCUCCCUGUCGAAAACGCAGCAGGUCCGUCUGCACAACCAGAUCCGAGCGACACAUCCAGUAUUCCUGACGACGUCGUUGUCCGGAGAAUGGUGACCUUAUUCGAGUAUGAUCCAUGGGAAAGUUCGCCCAACGUUGACAGUGAGGCUGAACUUGGCUUUCGUGCGGGAGACAUUAUAUAUGUGUUUGGUGACAUGGAUCAAGAUGGAUUCUACUAUGGGGACCUUCAUGGACGACGAGGCUUGGUGCCAUCAAACUAUCUAGAGCCGCUACCGUGGAAUUAAGACUGAUAUCAGAUAUGCCAAGACUCAGAUACAGUGAAAAAUCAGGUUUAAUUUAAAAAAAAAAAAAAAAAAAGCUAAAGGGACAUUUUGUCUGUAUUUAUCAAACAUUUUUUUUUAUGUUUUUAUCCACCAGUAUACUGUACCGGCAAAGUAGCUGCUUUAGAUUGAAGAUGAGGCUUUAUCUCAUCUAUUUUGUGCGGCAAAUUAUAAGCCCAGCUUUAUAUGAUCAGGAAACUGCCAAAUGAAAAAAAAAAAAAAAAAAAAAGUCACGCCAUACAGUUGUGAGAUAAAUCUUUAAUUUAUUUAAAAAAAGAAAAAUUACAAAAACAGAGUAAACACUGUAAUGUGGAUGAUCUUCAGCAGUUUGUUCACAGUCUGGCUAGGGUAAACUGACUUUGCUUCUGCCCUAUGCAUUUCCACAUUAAGUUGAAUAUCAGCCAAAGGUUACAUAUGCAAUAUAAAAUUUUAUAUAUGUAUAUAGAAACAUUGUGCUAUGAAAAAUCUAAACUUUUCUAAUCAUACCUGAUGGCAAUGGCUAGAUUAUUUUAGCCUUAAAGUACACUUCUAAGUCUCAGAUGAUUGCUGACCAGAGUGUAUGACUAUAGUGUGUUCAUGUUUGCCUUAUAUACUAUUUAUACAUUUUCUAUUCUGGGCUCAUAGUCUUUUCAUGAGUUAACAGUGAACAUUUUUGUUCUCAAGUGUUUGAUACAAACACAACAGUUUUGCAGCAAUUUUUAUGGGAAAUACUUAACAGAAACUUUCUAUGAAGCAAAUGAUUAGUGCUACUUUAUUCAUAUCUAUGCAAAAUAUCAACAGCAGAAAAAAAUAAAAUAAACUUGAAUUUUGACAAGCAA